GACGGCGACCCGCUCCCUCCCGGCGCGAGGCGGAGAUUGCUCCACCACGCCCCCCGCAUCGCCGGCGAACAUGCUAGUAUCUCCCCGAGUCGCAGCGCCGCCCGCGCGUCGUAUAUCCCCUUCUGCAGCCGCUGCGAGCCCCUGCUGCCGCGGCUUCCUCCCGGCGCCGGCGGCGGGGAGUCGACGCCCCCGGGGUGGGUGCCGCUUGCUUCUCCACUCCGCGCCUCCCAGGGCCGCCGCCGCCGUCACGGGUGCUGAACGGAAUCCGCGUGCAGGGGGGUAUGUGGAUCGCGACGUGCUCAGGAGGCUGUGCCAGGAGCCUAACCCAGAGGCAGCGGUUAACCUGCUCGACGAAAUGCUCCACCGAGGCGGCGCCGGCGCGUUGGCGGACCUCCGGCCGGAGGAGCAAGCCGCGGUCCUCCAUGCCUGCGGCGAGGCGCGGUCGCUGUCCUCCCUCAGGCGGGCUCAUCGCCUGCUGUCCAGGUCCCUGCCCGGGAUCGCCACUCCCAUCCUGUGCAUGAUCGCCACGCUGUACUGCAAGCUCGGCGCCCGCGGCGACGCGCGGCGAGCGCUCGAGGGAGCGUCGAGGCCGCCGAGGAAGUUGCAGGAGGACGGCGACGAGGCGAAGCGGCGGGAGGCGUACGAGAAGGUGCGCGAGCUGCACGAGGAGAUACGCGCGGCGGGGUACGUGCCGGACACCCGCUACGUGCUGCACGACAUCGACGAGGAUGCCAAGGCACGGGCGCUCAUGUACCACAGCGAGCGCCUCGCCAUCGCGUUCGGGCUGGUAAGCACGCCGCCGGGCACCCCGCUCCGCGUCAUCAAGAACCUCCGCAUCUGCGGCGACUGCCACAACGCCGUCAAGCUCAUCGCCAAGGUCACCGGCCGCGAGAUCGUCGUCAGGGACAACAAGCGGUUCCACCAUUUCAAGGACGGCGCCUGCUCCUGCGGGGAUUACUGGACUUAUGAGGCCUACCCUGAUUGUUCCUUCGUAGGAGCAAAACACUAUUGAAAGAGGACAAACAUCUCAGUACCUGCAUCUGCAAAAUGGGGGGUGGAAAUGAAGAAUUUCCAGAGCAGAAAAGUUACAGCGGUAACAGCACGGAGCAAGGGACAAAGCUUCUGAACUGGCCUAAACAAAUCCAUCAACAUUCCCUUCACAGCUAGUGUAUGUAUCAAGCAGGAUAACCAAUCAGUGUAUGAUUGUACGCCCACAGCUCACAUGCCGCACAACACUUGGACGCAUUUGCAGGGACCCGGGGGGCAUUCCUGAUGAUGGAGACAAACAAUCGGACAAGCCCAGCUUGGCACGCAAGCGUGCGUACAUGCAUUGCAUGCUUUGCAUUCAGGUGGUGUUUAGAUUAAGAAAAUUUUUAGGAGAAGUGUCACAUCAAAUAUUUGAUCGGAUGUCA